AUGGGUAUCCCAGGGCUUAUUCAUGCCAUUGGCAAGGGGGAGCGCAUCUCCCUGUCAAAAUUGGCAAUUACACAUUUGGAGCGAACAGCACGGCCAAUUCGAAUCGCGGUCGAUAUUUCUAUCUGGCUGUUCCAGGUUCAAGCCGGUCGCGGCGGAAAGAAUCCUGAGCUGCGCACAUUGUUUUAUCGGCUUUUGAAGCUGUUAGCAUUGCCAGUCCACCCGCUUUUUGUCUAUGAUGGCCGUCAAAAGCCUCCAUUCAAGAGGGGAAAGGCCGUGUCUCCGCGGAGUCACGGCAAUGCGCCAAUCAUCCAACGCUCCAAAGAGCUCAUUGAGCGGUUCCGAUUUCCGUGGCAUGAAGCUCCGGGUGAAGCGGAGGCUGAAUGUGCGCGGUUACAGCAAGCCGGCAUCGUCGACGUAGUGAUGAGCAACGAUGUUGACGCGCUCAUGUUCGGGUCCACUUGGACUAUUAUGAACUUCUCGAAGGAAAAGGGCACUGCCACAGCUGCAUCGACUCAUGUUACUUGUUACCACCUAGGAAAUGAGGAUCAUGUCUCAAAUGUGCCUCUAAGCCGAGCGGGAAUGAUCUUGUUUGCCAUGCUCAGUGGAGGCGAUUAUCUACCAGGGGGCGUUAAAAAUUGUGGACCUGGAUUGGCUGCAGAAAUUGCAAAAGCUCAUUUCGGCGAGGAUUUGCUUGAACAACUUGCAUCCCAGUCCCCCGAUUUAAGUACGCGCCUGAACGAAUGGCGGGAGCGGCUACAAUACGAAUUGGAGGAAAAUGAAAGCGGAUAUUUCGCUACGAAACACAAAGCUGUUCGCAUCCCGGACACCUUUCCUGACCAGACCAUUUUGAAGUAUUACGCGGAGCCCAAAGUUUCAACGGACGAUGAAAUGGCUACUCUAAGACGCCAUCUGAGGCAUGCCUGGGAUCGUGAGAUCGACCCCCUCGCAAUCAGAACCUUUGCAGCCGAUAAUUUUGAAUGGAAUUAUCGUUCAGGCGCGAGAAAGGUGAUUAAGCUCCUAACAGAGCCUCUACUAUCCUACAGACUUCGUCUUCAGCGGCCUGUCUCAGGCUUGUCACAAGGAACAUUAGCGCCGAAUUGUGAUACACCAUGGAUGCACAAAGUAUACAAAACUCGUGCGAAUUUUGCCACUGACGGCACGGCUGAACUGCAAAUGGAUAUGCUCCCAAUCGAUAUUGUCGGUCUUGAUCUUCUAGCUGAAGAACCGAAUCCGCCAGAGGAGGCAGUACCUUCGCAAGAAAUGGGCGAAGGAGACGAGGAAGAUGACGCAGAAGUUGCUAAUGAGGCUCUCGAGGAACCCCCCACGACGCCUUAUAAGCCUCGCCCCAAAAAGCGAUUCGAUAUUUUCGCAAUUGAAAAGGUCUGGAUCUUUGAGACUGUUGCUAAACUUGGUGUUCCUGAUGCUGUCAAUACAUGGAACAAGGAACAAGCGGCAAAGGAGGCUGCGAAGGAAGCCGCAAAAGCUAAGAAGGCUGCACCAAAGAAGCCCAGCACCCGACGCACUGGUCCCAAGAAGAAGGGGCCUAUCGAUCCAGGAAUGAAGCAGGGGAGCAUCCUGAAAUAUGGAAUGCUCACGAAAGAGAGAUCCGACCUGUCCUCAUACAAUAAAGAACACAUACUAGAGGCGGCUUCAUCUCAGUCCACAGCCAAGGAUUCAUCUUCGAGGUUUCGAACUCCACCUUCAUUCGAGAGCUUCGACUUUGAUGAUUUUUCUCCAAGCAUGUACUCUCAACACCAGGGUUCUAGUCAGGCGCGCUACAUAUCUCGUGCGCUUGAUGGACUCGUCGACUCAUUUUCCUCACCGUGUGCCGCAUCAUCAACACCAAGAGUCAAACGCCAUCCUAUGGCAGGCCAACUCCCAACAGCAGCUCGUGUAGGUGUUUUGGCAGCCGAAGAAACCGAGAUAUUGGAAUUUGAGACAUCCAGAUUGUCACUUGAAGAUACGGUUGUUUCGACGCAACCACCGGUACCAAGGGGACUGAAAAUGAGCUAUUCGGUCUCCAGCUAUGGACCUUUGGAGACCGUCAGGCGGAAGCCUGUAGUCUUACCAAAGAAGCAAAAUCCUCACAACCUGAAAAUGGUCAAAAGCCUGCCUGAUACGGAAAAUGCCCAGGAUGUUGACGAUAUAGAGAAAGGCAUUGGCUCCCUUUCAUUAUCAACCAAACAUGCGAAUGAGCAUCUUCCGGAGCAAGCUACACCUUCGUUCGGAUCUUCCUGCCUAAAGGAUGACAAGAAACCAACAAACAAAAAGAGCCCUUCCAAGAAGGUGCCGAAGAUAGAGAAGCCGCCUUCAGAGCCCGGACAAUCAUCGGGCCACGUUGAAAACAUUUCAACAGCUGAUGGGUUCUGGUUUUUUGACAAGCCAGCUGAAUCCAAUACGGACAAAGGUGAUUCAGAUGUGCCGAAGGGCGCAAAGCGUGACCAAAAGAAAAGGGACAAGACAAAACGAAUUCCCCGCGUUAGCUUUAUUGAUUUGAUUUGA